AUGCCGAUUGCAGCUCCAUUUAAUUCUACGCAAACAACCGCCACGACGGAUGCGAACGUGGAGGAGGUGGUCGAUCUGGGUCCUGGCUCCCCGAACACACACCCUGCGAAACAAACGCUCGGAACCUGGCUAGUUAACUUUAGUAGAACUAAUUCCUUAACCAACUAUGGACUACCUCUACCUUACCUCUCAACGGCGGGCGCAUCUGCAAUUCGUACUCCGUAUAUGACGAAUGCUGUCUCAUGCGCUAAAGCCAAACCAAGUAUCCCAACCAUGUCAGAGAAGAACCCUAAUCUUCUCUUCCCAUCUGAUCACGAGCAAGUCUCACUGUACGACAGAAAGCCUGCCCGUGGAUGA